AUGGUUAAUUUCACAGUCGAAGAGAUCCGUGAGCUCAUGGACAAGCCGAGCAACAUUCGCAACAUGAGUGUGAUUGCCCACGUCGACCACGGCAAAUCUACCCUCACCGACUCCCUCGUCCAGCGAGCCGGUAUUAUCUCCGCUGCUAAGGCCGGAGAAGCUCGUUUCACCGAUACAAGAAAAGACGAGCAGGAGCGUGGUAUCACCAUCAAGUCUACCGCCAUCUCCCUGUAUGCGCACUUGCCCGAUCCUGAGGAUCUCAAGGACAUUCCCCAGAAAACUGUCAGCAAUGACUUCUUGAUCAACUUGAUCGAUUCACCGGGUCACGUUGACUUCUCGUCUGAGGUCACUGCUGCCCUCCGUGUCACGGAUGGUGCGCUUGUGGUUGUCGACACCAUUGAAGGUGUGUGCGUCCAGACCGAGACCGUCCUCCGACAGGCUCUUGGUGAGCGUAUCAAGCCUGUCGUUGUCAUCAACAAGGUUGAUCGUGCUCUGCUCGAGCUCCAGGUCGAGAAAGAAGACCUGUACCAGUCUUUCUCUCGUACCAUUGAGUCCGUCAACGUCAUUGUUUCCACCUACUUUGACAAGGCUCUCGGUGAUGUCCAGGUCUACCCCGAGAAGGGUACCGUUGCCUUCGGCUCCGGUCUCCACGGCUGGGCUUUCACCAUCCGUCAAUUCGCCGUCCGAUAUGCUAAGAAAUUCGGUGUUGACAAGAACAAGAUGAUGGAGCGUCUUUGGGGCGACAACUACUUCAACCCCAAGACCAAGAAGUGGACCAAGACCUCUGAUGGUGGCGAGCGUGCCUUCAACCAGUUCAUCCUGGAUCCCAUCUUCAAGAUCUUCGAUGGUUUCAUGAAGGGCAAGGUUGACGAGGUCGUCACUCUGGCUGACAAGCUCGGCAUCAAGAUCACCAGCGAGGAGAAGGAGCAACCCGGCAAGGGUCUCCUCAAGACCGUCAUGCGCAAGUUCUUGCCUGCCGCCGAUGCUUUGAUGGAGAUGAUGGUUAUCCACUUGCCAUCGCCCGUCACUGCUCAAAAAUAUCGUGCUGAGACUCUCUAUGAGGGUCCCUCGGACGACCCGGCAUGCAUUGGUAUCCGCGACUGCGACCCCAAGGCCGACCUAAUGCUUUACGUCUCCAAGAUGGUUCCGACCUCCGAUAAGGGUCGUUUCUACGCUUUCGGUCGUGUUUUCGCCGGUACUGUCCGCUCUGGUCUCAAGGUCCGCAUUCAGGGCCCCAAUUAUGUUCCUGGCAAGAAGGAGGACUUGUUCAUCAAGGCCAUUCAGCGUACAGUUCUCAUGAUGGGCAAGACUGUCGAGCCCAUUGAGGAUAUGCCUGCUGGUAACAUUGUCGGUCUUGUCGGUAUCGAUCAGUUCCUGCUCAAGUCUGGUACUCUCACCACCUCUGAGACCGCCCACAACCUCAAGGUCAUGAAGUUCUCGGUCUCGCCCGUCGUGCAGCGCUCAGUCGAAGUCAAGAACGCCAACGAUCUGCCCAAGCUGGUUGAAGGUCUCAAGCGUCUCUCCAAGUCUGACCCUUGUGUCCUGACCACGAUCAACGAGUCUGGUGACCAUAUCGUCGCUGGUGCUGGUGAGCUUCAUCUCGAGAUCUGCUUAAAGGAUCUCGAGGAGGACCACGCUGGUGUACCUCUCAAGAUCUCCGAUCCCGUCGUCUCGUACCGUGAGACUGUUGGUGCUGAGUCAAGUAUGACUGCUCUGUCCAAGUCUCCCAACAAGCACAACCGUCUAUAUGUCGUUGCUCAGCCUCUUGGCGACGAAGUUGCCAAGGCUAUCGAGGCCGGCCAGGUCAACCCCCGCGACGAUUUCAAGACCCGUGCCCGUGUGCUCGCCGACGAGUACGGCUGGGAUGUCACCGACGCCCGCAAGAUCUGGGGUUUCGGUCCCGACACCACUGGUCCCAACUUGCUUGUUGACCAGACCAAGGCCGUGCAGUAUCUCAACGAAAUCAAGGAUUCCUUCCUCUCUGGCUUCCAGUGGGCCACCCGUGAGGGUCCCGUCGGUGAGGAACCCAUGCGCGCCAUCCGCUUCAACGUUAUGGAUGUCACCCUCCACGCUGAUGCCAUUCACCGUGGUGGUGGCCAAAUCAUCCCCACUGCUCGUCGUGUGCUCUACGCUGCCACCCUGCUUGCCGACCCCGGCCUCAUGGAGCCGGUCUUCUUGGCCGAAAUCCAGGUGCCCGAGCAGGCCAUGGGCGGUAUCUACGGUGUGCUCACCCGCCGUCGUGGUCACGUCUUCUCCGAGGAGCAGCGUGUUGGUACUCCUCUGUUCACUGUCAAGGCCUACCUGCCCGUCAUGGAGUCCUUCGGUUUCAACGCCGACCUGCGCGCCGCCACCUCCGGCCAGGCCUUCCCCCAGAUGGUGUUCGACCACUGGCAGAUCCUGCCCGGUGGUUCGCCGCUCAAGACCGACUCCCUGCCCGGCCAGGUCGUCACGAAGAUGCGUGUCCGCAAGGGUCUGAAGGAGGUUGUUCCCGGCUACGAGAACUACUACGACAAGCUGUAA